AUGGACCCUGCAGGCGUAGAGGUUAUCCACCAUUUGAAGUCGUCCCCUCCAAAAAACGUUGGUGAUGUUAGGCGUUUAAUGGGACUGCUAAAUUGCUAUCGGAGAUACAUUCCAAAUUUCUCUAGAAAAGCGAAACCAAUAUACGAUCUAAUUAAGAGUGACGGUGUAGAGACAGGAAAUAGCAAACAUAAUAUGAAAUCGAAAGGACAGUUACCCUCUAGUACUAUUGUGCAGUGGACUAACGAUCAUCAACUCAUCCUUGAAGACCUGUUAGAUCAUUUGGUUGACCCACCUGUGAUGGCCUACCCAAAUUUUACCAAACCGUUUAUUGUGUGCACUGACGCGUCUGAAGAGGGACUGGGAGCCGUCCUGUACCAAAGUCAAAACGGUGAAACAAGAGUUAUUGCGUAUGCUUCUCGAAGCUUGACACCCGCCGAAAGAAAUUACCAUCACCAUUCGGGCAAGUUGGAAUUUCUUGCACUAAAGUGGGCAAUUUGUGACCAUUUUCGAGACUAUUUGUAUUAUGCCUCGGAAUUUACAGUGUAUACUGACAACAACCCACUCACAUACAUCUUGUCUUCCGCAAAACUUAAUGCAACGGGUUUACGUUGGGUCGGAGAACUGGCAGAUUUCAAUUUUACUAUCAAAUACCGCCCCGGUAAAGUGAACACUGAUGCAGACGCGCUGUCAAGGUUGUUGCCAAAUGUCGAUAGUUACAUGGAGAUGUGCACCGAGGAAAUUGCAAUGGAUAUUCUCCAAGCCGUAGAGUCAUCAAUUUUGGAACAGCAAGCGAGUAACAUCAGCUGGAUCACAGCUUUUACUACAAAUCAGGAUGUGUUAGAAGAAGAUAUGAAGCACAUUAACAAUGUUUCCAUGAACACCAUUUCUUGUGACGAGAUCGCACUUGCCCAAAGAGAUGACACAGAAAUUAGCAAGGUGAUCAAAUGGAUUGAAUCGAAAGAGAGACCUACUUCGGAAAAAACAUCUAAUGAAUCACGCUAUACUCGGUACCUCCUGCACGAGUGGAACAAGUUGGAAUUGGACAAACAUGGAUUACUUCGGAGAAAAAGUGGUUUGAAGAAUCAUAAUCAAAUAGUUUUACCUAAAAAGCUCCAUUGGUUGGUGUACGAGGAACUUCACGAGAAAAUGGGCCACUUAGGAGCAGAUAGGGUGCUAGAACUUGCCCGUGCUCGGUUCUAUUGGCCGCACAUGCAGAGAGAUGUAGAAUCUUACAUUUCACAUAAAUGUCGGUGUGUGAAGCAAAAAGUUCCUACUUUCCAAACUAGGGCACCAUUACAGUCCAUUACAACAACUGCUCCAUUCCAGAUGGUGUCUUUAGACUUUGUUCAUCUCGAGAAAAGUAGUGGCGGUUACGAGUAUAUCUUGGUUAUAAUGGAUCAUUUUACCCGUUACGCACAAGCCUAUGCAACCCGAAAUAAGUCAGCUAAGACAAUGGCGGAAAAGUUAUAUAAUGACUUUAUUUUGCGUUUCGGUUUUCCAGAAAAACUCCAUCACGAUCAGGGAGGAGAAUUUGAAAAUCACCUCUUCAAACAACUGGAAAAACUGUGUGGUAUUGGACAUUCAAGGACUACCCCGUAUCAUCCGCAAGGCAAUGGCCAAGUGGAACGUUUCAAUCGUACCCUCCUUGCCAUGCUGCGAACCCUACCGGAAACGCAAAAAUCACACUGGAAAGACCACCUCCAGAAAAUGGUUCACGCCUAUAAUUGCACGCGUCACGAGUCAACUGGAUUCUCGCCAUUUUAUCUCUUAUUUGGCAGACAUCCUCGUCUACCUAUUGAUAUGAUCCUAAACCUGGAGAGCGAGUCAACUGAGUCACCGAAUUAUAGAGAGUAUGUUAACAACUGGAGCGAAGCGAUGUCUGAAGCGUACAAGAUUGCAAACGAAAAGAGUUCACAAAGUAGAGCGAAAGGGAAAAAGCUAUACGACCGCCGCAUCCGUAGUUCGGAGUUACGACCGGGGGAUAGAGUUCUUGUACGAAAUCUGAGUAAGCGAGAUAAACCUUGCAAGCUGCGAAGUCAUUGGGAAGACAAGAUACAUGUCGUGGUCACUAGAAGAGGGGAAGAUAGCCCAGUCUAUACAGUUAAACCCGAAAGUUCUGAUGGCCCGAGUAGAACUCUUCAUCGUAAUAUGCUGUUACCGUGUAGUUCACUUCCCGUGGAACCGCCGUUGAACCAAAAAACGCCUCGUCGUCAAAGAGAAAAUACAGUUCCUCCCAGCACAAGAUCUACUAGUCAACCGGAAUCAGAUGAAGACGAAUUAGAUGGGUUAACAUUUGUACCAUUGGCGAAUGAUCAGAGGAGUGGGGCGGACGUAACCGAUGCCGUGACACCAGCUCAAGACGGCGACCACGGACAUGAUGAGAUAGACAGCUCAGAGUUACCAGCGGUCGAGAACCCAGAUGUAUUGGCCCUUGAUGAACAACAACCAACCAUUCCACCGCCAGCAACGGAAAAUGCGUCUAUUCCACCACCACCUAUGGAAAAUACCAGACCUAGCAGAAACAGAAACCCACCACCGAGACUAAAUUAUUGGACACCAGGUAACCCAGUCACAGGCAUUUCAUACCCUGGUAGUAUGAACACUAUUUUCGGUUUUGUAGAGCCUAGUCAACCAGGAGUGAUGCCUUUCCCACCAAUGAAUUCCAUUCCUUAUAUGUGGCAGCCAACCCCCUUACCUUAUAAUCCCUUCGCAUACCUCGGACCUCAUUGUCCGUACUGUGGAACAAUGUUCUUUAAUUAG